AUGCGGUGGUUCGGCAAGGCAGCGGCCCUGACAUGGGCCCUCGCGGCCGCCGGGCUCAGCCAAGUGCACGCCCAGGGCGUCGACGCGGCCGACUGGCCCCUGCACAACAACAGCCUGACGACGCUGGUGGAAUGGGACCACUACAGCUUCCACGUGGAUGGGCAGCGGCUGUUCGUCUUCUCGGGCGAGUUCCACUACUGGCGGUUCCCCGUGCCGGAGCUGUGGCGCGACCUGCUCGAGAAGGUUCGGGCGGCGGGCUUCAACGCCUUCAGCAUCUACGGCCACUGGGGGUUCCACAGCCCGUCCGACGGGAGCCUCGACUUCGAGACCGGCGCGCACGACUUCACGCGCAUCAUGGACCUGGCCAAGGAGCUGGGCAUGUACAUGAUCGUGCGGCCCGGGCCCUACGUGAACGCCGAGACCAACGCGGGAGGGUAUCCGCUGUGGGUGACGACGGGUGAGUACGGCGCGCUGCGGGACAACGACCCGCGGUACACGGCGGCGUGGACGCCGUACUGGACCAACAUGUCCAGCCUGAUCGCGCCGCACCUCAUCACCAACGGCGGCAACGUGAUCCUGUUCCAGAUCGAGAACGAGUUCGGCCAGCAGUGGACCAACGUGGCGGCCAAGACGCCCAACGCCGCCGCCGGUGAGUACAUGCAGCUCCUGGAGGACUCUGCGCGCGCGAGCGGCAUCGACGUCCCGCUGACCCACAACGACCCCAACAUGAGGACCUUUUCCUGGAGCAAGGACUACAGCGACGGGAUCGGAAACGUUGACGUCGUGGGCCUGGACUCGUACCCUUCCUGCUGGAGCUGCGAUCUCACCGAGUGCACGGGUACGAACGGCAAGUACGUCGCGUACCAGGUUGUGGACUAUUACGACUACUUCCAAAAGUUCUCCCCAACACAACCCAACUUUAUGCCAGAGUUUCAAGGUGGAUCGUACAACCCGUGGGGCGGUCCUGAGGGCGGCUGUCCGUCAGACAUCGGCGUCGACUUCGCCAACCUGUUCUACCGCAACUUGAUCUACCAGCGCGCCACGGCCAUCAGCCUGUAUAUGCUCUUUGGCGGCACCAACUGGGGCUGGCUGGCAACCCCCGUCGUGGCGAGCAGCUACGACUACUCGAGCCCCGUGUCCGAGAACCGCGCCAUCGGCGGCAAGUACUACGAGACCAAGCUUCUGACCAUGUUCACCCGCGUGACGAAGGACUUGGCCAAGACGGACAGGGUUGGCAACGGCACGGCCUAUAGUGAGAACAAGGCGAUCACUACGGCUGAGCUGCGGAACCCCGACAACGACGCGGCGUUCUACGUCACAAUGCACCUCGACUCAACCUCGGCCACGCUGGAGACCUUCAAGCUGAACGUCAGCACCUCCCAGGGAGCGAAGGUCGUCCCACAGUAUGGCGGGAGUAUCGCCAUCGACGGCCACCAGGCCAAGGUUCUCCCUACAGAUUUCAGCUUCGGUAGCAAGAACCUGCUGUACUCGACCGCCGAGGUCCUGACCUAUUCCGUCAUAGACGGCAAGGAAGUGCUGGCCGUCUGGGUCCCAGCUGGCGAGUCUGGCGAGGUAGUCAUCGAGGGCGCGACCUCUGCAAGCCUCGCAAAGGCCACUGCGAACACGACCUCAACAGCGGUCACCAUCGUGCCUGGGAACUCAAGUGUGGCUAUCAACUGGUCCAAGACCAGCGGAAUGACCGUUGUCACUCUGGGUGACGGUGCCCAGGUUGUGAUCCUCGACCGGCCCUCGGCGUACGUAUUCUGGGCUCCAAGCCUAGGCAACGACCCCCUCCCCGUGAAUAGCACAGUUCUCGUUCAGGGUCCAUAUCUGGUCCGUUCAGCGUCCAUCACCACCGACAAGACACUCGAGCUCGUCGGAGACAUCGACGGCGACAAGAACACUCUGGCCAUCUUCGCCCCAUCCGUGGAGUCCGUGACCUGGAACGGAGCCGAGCUCCCCACCGUCUCCAAAGACGGAAACAUGCUCACAGCAACCGUCCAGGGGCCGGGGUCCUUCACCCUCCCCUCUCUGGGGCCCUGGAAGUGGCACGACAGCCUGCCUGAAAUCCAGCCCAACUACACCGUCUCCCCCAAAGUGUGGACCACGGCGGACCACCAAAACACCUCCAACCCGUCGCAGCCCGCGUCGAACAACCCGGUGCUGUUCCUGGACGAGUACCACGUCCACGUCGGCAACUCCAUCUACCGCGCCUCAUUCCCAAACACGCCCUCCUCGCCGAGCGGUGUCUACCUCAACAUCACAGGCGGAAAGGCCUUCGGUUACUCGGCGUGGCUGAACGGUGCGUACAUCGGCUCGUACCUAGGCGCCUCCACGUCCGCUACGGGAACGACGGAGUUCUCCUUCGCCAACGCGACGCUCGCCGCGGAAAGCAAGGACAACUUUCUAGUAGUGGUGAUGGAUAACUCAGGCCACGACCAGACAACAGGCGCCAUCACACCCCGGGGGAUCUGGAACGCAACGCUCAUCGGCGCAGACGCCAGCUUCACGGAGUGGAAGAUCGCGGGCCCGGCGGGCGGCGAGGACAACAUCGACCCGAUCCGCAGCGUGUACAACGAGGGAGGCCUGUACGCCGAGCGCGUGGGCAUGCACCUCCCCGAGUACCCCGACAGCGACUGGAGGGCUGUGAGCAGCGGCAACGGCACGACGACGACGCUCACGGUCCCGGCGGCGGGGAUCCGUGUCUUCCGCACCGUGGUACCGCUCUCCGUCCCCGAGGGGCUGGACGUCUCCAUCUCGUUCCAGUUCUCGGCGCCGGGCAACGGCAGCAGCAGGAGCACGUUCGUGCCGGACGACGCGGCGCACUCGAACCAGGUGCGGGCCCUGCUGUUCGUGAAUGGGUACCAGUAUGGUCGGUUCAACCCGUACAUCGGCAAUCAGAUCACAUUCCCUGUCCCGACGGGAAUCCUGGACUACGAUGGUGACAACACCAUCGCCGUGACGUUGUGGAGCCAGAGCGCGCAGGGUGUCGAGGUCAAGCUGGACUGGAAUGUGGAAUAUGUGCACACCACUGGAUACGACAUGGGCUUCGAUGCGGAGUAUCUGAGGCCUGGGUGGUCCGAGGAGAGGUUGGCGUAUGCGUAG